UCUUAGCCUUUUUAUACCAAAGAAUGCUGUUUUGCUUACCAAAUACCAAUUAUUUGCCUUCCUGUUAUAUACAUGGGCUUUCAAACCAUUAUAUAUAGAAGCCACUUUCUCUUAUCAUUUUGGCUUGACAAGUUAUUAAUUUUCUAUAUCUCUCUAUUUCUUAAUUAGCAAACUCCGCAUUUUCAACUCCUUCCAUCUUAAGCUAUACCAAUGGAUGAGAUCGAAAUACCUCAAUAUUUCAUCUGUCCCAUAUCGCUGCAAAUCAUGAAAGACCCUGUUACAGCGGUUACAGGCAUCACUUAUGAUAGGGAAAGCAUAGAGCAAUGGUUGAAGAAGGCCAAGGGCACGACCUGUCCUGUUACGAAGCAGCCUUUGCCAUCAGAUUCUGAUUUAACCCCAAAUCACACGCUGCGGCGGCUGAUUCAGAAAUGGUGUACAGAAAAUACGAGUAAUGGUAUUGAUGGAAUUCCUACACCAAAAUCUGCUCUCAGUAAGAAUCAUGUUCUUAAGCUCAUUCGUGAACUUGAGGUCCCUUGUUUGUGUAUAAAUGCUUUGAAGAAAAUGGAAGUCCUGGCAAAGGACACCAAUGAAGGGAACAGAAAAUGCAUGGAGGAAGCUGGAGCUGCAAAGGCUGUGAUUUUGUUGUUGAUAAGAUGUUACAAGGAAGGGAUAAAUCUUGGUCUUGAAGAAGCUUUGAGAAUUCUUUAUCUUAUUUGGACACCAUCUAGUGAAAUCAAGGCUCUUGUGAAUGAAAAUUACGAUUCCCUUGACUGUUUAACAUGGAUUCUUGGGCUUGAGAUUGAGAAUCCUGUUGUUGUCAAGACUCAUGCAAUGCUUGUGUUGAAACGGGUGAUUGAAGUUGCAAAUACAAGAAUGUUGGAGAUACUGAAACCUGAAUUCUUCAAAGAAAUGUUAAGGGUACUGAAAUUGAAAAUCUCUCAACAGGCUACCAAAUCGGCCUUGCAAAUUUUAAUAGAGGCAUGUCUGUGGGGAAGAAACAAAUCCAAAAUCGUUGAAGCCAAUGCAAUUUUCGAUCUCAUCGAAUUUGAACUCGAGAAACCUGAAAAGAACAUCACCGAACUGAUCGUCAAUCUUUUGGCACAUCUUUGUUCAUGCGCAGAUGGAAGAGCUCAGUUUCUACUCCAUGCUGGAAGCAUAGCUAUGAUGGCUAAAAGGAUCCUAAGGGUUUCACCAGCAACAGAUGAUCAAGCUGUUCACAUACUUUCAUUGAUCUCAAAAUAUUCUGCCACCAGAGAAGUCCUUCUAGAGAUGUUGAGGGUUGGGGCUGUGACAAAGCUUUGCAUGGUAAUUCAAGCAGAUUGUUCAAGAUUUCUGAAAGAGAAAGCCAGAGGGGUCCUUAGAUUGCACUCCAAUUUAUGGAAUGAUUCUCCUUGUAUUGCUGUUUAUCUAUUAACCAGAUACCAAAGGUAACCUUGGUGACAAAAGUUUAAAUUAUUACAGUUUUUGUUAAAGACUAUAAUAGAUUAUAGAUAUGAUCAUCAAGGAUACAGAUCAAUACCAUGAAAUGUGUACAAAAUAUCGAUCAAUUGUAAGAAUUGUCAUAGUUAAUGAUAAGGAAUGUUAUGAGAUUGUGUAAAACAUAUCGAUCGAGCAUAAUAGCUAGUUAUCAAAAUUUAGUUGUGAUUUUUUUGGUACUAAAAAA